AAAGCCCCUACAGAAAGGUGCCCUCAUUCUAAAAAUCUCCUCCAAACAAGUCUGGUUUUCCUCUCCACACACCAUUAAACUUAAUGUAGCUAGAGAGACAGAGAGGGAAAUCAUGAGUGAGUUUGAGUUUGGAUUCGAAUUGUCGAUUCUGUUUGCUGUAUCUUUAUCCCUAAUAUUGGUGACUCUGUAUGGAAGAAAACAAAAAAGAGUGAAUCUUCCACCAGGCAACAUGGGUUGGCCUUUUGUUGGAGAAAGCAUUGCCUACUUGAAGCCACAUCCAGCCCACACCAUAGGCAAAUACAUGGAACACCACAUCUCCAAGUAUGGGAAAAUAUUCAAGUCCCAUUUGUUUGGGGAAGCCACAAUAGUCUCCGCCGACGCAGGGCUGAACAGAUUGAUCCUUCAAAACGAAGGGAAGCUCUUCGAAUGCAGCUAUCCGAGGAGCAUCGGUGGAAUACUUGGGAAAUGGUCGAUGCUAGUCUUGGUGGGAGAUAUGCACAGAGACAUGAGAACCAUCUCCCUCAAAUUCUUAACCAAUUCCAGGCUCAAGACUCACCUCCUCCGCCAGGUCGAGCGCCACACCGCCCUCGUCCUCUCGUCCUGGGCCCACCGCCCUGUCGUCUGCGCCCAGGACGAGGCCAAGAGGUUUACUUUCAACUUGAUGGCGGAACACAUAAUGAGCCUGGAGGCUGGGGAGGCCGAGACCGAGCGCCUCAAGAAAGAGUACAUCACCUUCAUGAAAGGCGUGGUUUCGCCUCCCCUCAAUUUCCCCGGAACCGCCUACUGGAAGGCCUUGCGAUCUCGCGCCACAAUACUGAAAUUCAUCGAUUGCAAAAUGGAGGAGAGGAUGAAAAGGGGCAGCAAAAACGAGCAAGAUUUACUAGGAUGGGUGCUCAACAAUUCCAAUCUCUCCAAAGACCAGAUUUUGGACUUGGUGUUGAGCCUAUUGUUUGCUGGCCAUGAAACCUCCUCGGUUGCUAUAGCACUUGCUAUUUACUUCCUCCAGGCUUGUCCCACUGCUGUUCAAAAAUUAAGAGAAGAGCACUUGGAAAUUUCAAUGGCCAAGAAAGAAACAAGGGAAUUGAGCUGGGAUGACUACAAGAAAAUGGAGUUCACACAAUGCGUGAUAAGCGAGACUUUGAGGUUGGGAAACGUGGUUCGUUUUCUUCACAGAAAGGCGAUUAAAGAUGUUAGGUAUAAAGGUUAUGACAUUCCAUGUGGUUGGAAAGUUCUGCCGGUGAUAGCAGCAGUGCAUUUAGAUCCAUCACUUUUUGACCUACCUUGGCACUUUAAUCCAUGGAGAUGGCAGAGUGGACGUGAAACAAAGAAUUUGAUGGCGUUCGGGGGAGGAGGGAGGCUGUGCGCGGGGUCAGAGCUGGCAAAGAUGGAAAUGGCUGUAUUUAUCCACCAUUUGGUUCUGAAUUUCGAGUUCGCCUUAGCGGAAUCCGAUGAGGCCUUUGCCUUCCCGUUUGUGGAUUUCCCCAAAGGCCUCCCCAUCGCCAUCACCCAUAUCCACCCACCCUUUCUCUAGCUCUAAAUAUUAUUCAUUCACCCAACCUACUAUCUAUAUUCUAUACCAAUUCAAUCUAGGAUUAAUCAUCUUCACUUUUGUAAAUUGCAUACCAUCUCCUUAUUAAUAUGCCACUCUUUUUUAUUUUAUUUAUUCUUCGUGGAUUUGCAUUUCUCAUGUAAAAA